AUGCUGUUGAUCGAACACAAUGCCAUGCAACUCAUUCCACUCGAAUCGCUAUUGCAAACCAUGCUCCGCGGACUGGCCGCCGGGUUUAUGAUCUUUGGUGGUAAGUAUUUCAAUAUUAUUGUUGGGCGUUUAGGUUGAGUUUUGAUGAGGAAGAAGCUAUGGAAUGAGUGAUAAGGACUGUUUGAGAGAAAUGAAACGCUUUUGAGUCUGUGAAAAUAGAUAUAAAAACUGAAAUGCCCCUUCGUUUUCUCAAUUUUCUAAAGGAUUUUUUAUUUUUUUGAAAGAGUUUUUGGCUCAAACAAGUGGGAAAAGAAUAAAAAGACCACGUGCAAAUUGUUUAGGCGUCAGGAGAUCAAUUUCAAGUCUUCGAAUAUAAAAAAAUCACCGCAAUUCACCUACUACAAUAUAAUGCACCCUAAUUUUAGGAGCAAUCCCAUAUGUAUUCCAAUAUGGCGAGAUCCACAAACGAAAGUCGGCUCUCGGCUUCUCAUUACUGGUAUGUCUCGCAUUGUGCGUCGCCAACGUUCUACGUAUCGAGUUCUGGUUCGGGAAAAGAUUUGAAACCCCGCUGUUGAUCCAGUCCGUCGUCAUGAUUGGAUGCAUGAUCUUGAUGUUGGAGAUCUCGGUCCGAAUGAACAGGAAAAUCACUCCGCCAUCGCAGAGGAAGUCCAUUUGGAGUAAGUUGAAAGGAAUUUUUUUGACAAAUUUUUUUUGGGAUAUUAUUUUAGAUAGAGGUUUUAUAAGAUGUAUGGGAAAAAUUAUGUUGGUUUUAGUGGACUUUGGGCUAUUUUUUGUAAUGAAAUUACCGAAAUUUUAUAUUACUUUAGUUGUGGACCCAAAAAAAAUUUGA